AUGAACAGGUCAAACCCCUUGUAUACGGAGGAGGAAGAGCAAGAGGUAGUGAUAAUUGUGGACUCCCUCGAGGAGGGAGGGGACGUCGCACCAGACGCCUGUACUCCCAGACGAGCUCCUUCCACCUCAUCAGGCUAUGGCAGCGGUGGGGGCAGUCACGGCAGGGUAUCACCAAACUUACCAAAGAUCGAGCACUUCGAACCGGAGCCAGCCAAGUUCACUGACUCAGACAAAAAUGGAUCUCAAAGCACCUCCGAUUCGGAUGGUACUCCCCCGUGCACUCUGUCCAGAAGUCUCAAAGAGGAUAUACGAGCUUGCCUGGGAGGAUGCCGUUGGGAUAGAGACGUGAGCCAAGUGGUGGAGGCGGCAGUAUGCGGCGCUGGUGGAGUGAUAGCAGCCCGGGCUAGACUGCACGCAGCUCUACUGGCCCUGCAUGACCCUCCCAAACUGCCGAAUCGGGGUCCUUCCCUGCCGUACUGUGGACCAGGAGUCAGGCCCGGAGAUGUCACCAUGAUGGCCAAAACCACAGAGAUGUCUUUACUGGCAGCCAGUGCCCUCUUCACACUAGACGGAGCCAGAAGCGAGGAGUUAUCGAGAAGAUUGGCUCGGUGCCAGAAGAAGCGGAGGCGGUGUAGAGCUGUCUUGGCGCUGAUUGCCUUGCUGUUGCUGAUCGUUGCCGUUGGAGCGGUCGAGUUGCUGAUGUCGAGGGGGCAACGAGUCUUUGGAGCUACAUUACGUUAAAUAACAUAACAGACCAUGGAAUUGAAAAAAAACGGAGGACAAGCAUCAGUACCAGCCUGUCAUAAAAUAACUAUUUAGGUGUAUAAGUUAAUAUGUAUAUAUAAAAAAAAAUAUUACGGGACUGUCGUAACCGGUACGGUCGUUGUUGCUAUAAUUAAAUUGAUUUGUCAGUAUUGACAGCUUCUAUUUCAGUCAGCUUUCCAUCAAAAACUAUUAACUCUUUUACUCCGAUACCAAGUAAAAGAUGGAAGGGGAGCAAAAGCCUCUAGACCGCAUAGCUUUCUUCAAUUUAUGAUAAGAUAUGAAUCAAUUACGAGAAAAUAUUUUCUUGUAAAGGUUUUAAUUUUAACUUCGGUUAUUACGAUAUCUAAUAGGCAAACGUAAGAAACAAUGCACAUAGUCGCACCUUUGGUGUUUUUUCUCAAUGGAGCAAAAUUAUUGAUUUCGUCGGCUCUUGUGAGGGCGAGUACACAUAAGGCGCUCGGCGUUGCGAUAGGCGCGCGUUGGUAGCGAACAUACAGCGCGUUUAGCACGGCGUUUUACGAGCGUUAGUAGGGCGUCCAUACUCCGUUUCGAUUUCGUUGAUAAAUACGUCUGUAUCGAAGUGCUCGUUCUAUAUUUUGGUGAAUUGCGUCCACUCUACACGAAAGCGCGUGUUCAAAUGUACAACAAAAUGGCGGCUCAUGUAUCUCGAAGCGCGCGGCUGAUGCCCUCCCAACGAGCGUUUGAACGAAAAUAUCAAAGCGCGCGUUCGACGCGCGCCUGAUCAGAAACGCGCUCUUGCGUUUGUACACCUAGAAAAGAACUACUGGUUCUCAAAACGCACGUUACCAAAGUGCGCGCUUCAAAACGCCUUAUGUGUACUCGCUCUGACAGUUUGAGUAAUAUAGCCAAAAUGAUACAUAAUAUAACAAAUAUCUAAACCCGAUGGCCGAGCUCAUAAUGGUAGAUAGAGAUAAUAUAAUCGUCGAAUUUUUAAGGUGGGUUAACAGAAUUCUUUUAAUCAGCUGACAUGAUUUUUUGUAUAAAUUUGACAUCUAAUGGUCAAGUCAAACAUGCGCCAGAGUGCCGACGCAAGUCUAGUACUAUACCAAUGCUUCCCUCCGUGCUUGAGCUAGGAGUGACUUCUGUGAUAGCUGCUAGAACGUCAGUCACGAAAAAUUCUGGCACUGCUGCAAAGGCCAAAAGUGCAGAUCUAUAUAACGCGCUACUUCCACUAGCGAGUGACGCGCUCAGCGUAUUCGCUUGAUCGUGGCAUGUCGUUUUAUUUUAAUUUUAUAAUUAUUGUGAGAACUCACAGCAAGUUUUCAAUGAUAACUUAUUAAAUACUUAAAAUUUAUGAUAGGUACUUAAUAGUUCCACAUAUAUAUAAAACUAUUUGUAAGGAUGUAAUGUUAUGUCGUUGUGGAAUUGAUUUUUUAAGAUUUAUUUUACUAGCACGCUCGCUGCGUUCUCACAGCGGGGGCGCUACGGUCGGCCAUCAACGCGCACGAGAAUUAUAUCAUCAUCUCGUGGAGGUGGCGCCUAAAGAGUUUAUUUCAUAACGUCAGUUAAAAUUCGAGUUAAAUUCAUGCUAUAUGAUAAUUUAUAAGAAACGAACUAUUUGUGUGUAUACUGAUGAUGAUCUCACACAACCCGACGUGAGAUCGUUUGUUCUCGUAUUAUCUCCACUAAAUAAAUAAUUGGAAAUUGCUACACAAUUCAUUAAAUUGGAUGUAUCGUUAUUGGUCAGAAGACCAAAUAUGUACCUAAAAGGUUGCUAGUCCUUGCCAAAUUCAAGAAAUGUUAUUUAACCAAUUAAAAGCAUACAGAGCGAAAAUCAUUAUAUUUAUAAGAAACCAAUAUUUAAUUAAACAUUUGUCGAAAGCAAGAAGCUAUUCUAAAUGUUGUUUUUUGUUAUCAAACAGACCGCCAUUUAUAGCAAAAUUCUACUACAAGCCCUUGUCAGCUAAAUUCCAUUUUGAUAACGUGUGAUUGUCCAGCAUUUUCUUUAAAAGCCAUAUCUUACAUUAACGAUUGGUCUCCGCUGCGCUCUAACUAGAUACCACAAUACCUUUUUUAUUAGCGUAACUUUAUAUUGUAGUACUAUUUGUAAAGAUACACGUGUACGUGGCAUCUUGACACUCAAUGGCAUCUUUAAAUUUUUGUAAUUUAGUGUUAUUUUACAUUGAAAUUAAUAAAAUACAAAAUGCUUACAGAUGACAUGUGAUCCCAGUGUUUUUCUUGUUUAUUGUUAUAUUAUUUUAAGAAAGUUUUAGUACACAACCCACCAUUUUCGUUUCAAUUAUUGGCAAAGUUUAACAGAACACGUCUACGUCACACAUCGUUUGAGAUUGUCUCACUUGUGCGUAGUAUUAGUUGCACUUUGCGACUACGCCUUCGGUAUCUAGUUGGAGCGUAGCGGAGACCAAUCCUUAACCUAAGAGCCUUAUUUUGUUUUAAAAUAUCAGAACCCGCGACAUGAACAAAGACUCUUGUGUAAAUAAUCAAUUAUACCUGAGAUGUGUCCAACAUUUAGUGAAUACUCUAAAUCUUACUCCAAAUCAAACUACUCAAACUCCUCAAAAUUAUUACUGUACCUUGAUUAAUUUUGUUCUUGCAUUAGGUAAGGUUAAUUAAUUAAAUAACCACACAUAAAUCAUGUUAUACAAUAGGUCAACCGAAGUAUUGACGUUAAUAUAAUUACCUAAUUACGUAUAUAUUGCAUACUAGCUUUUACUCGCGACUUCGUCCACGUGGAAUUUUUUGCAGCAGUUUCAUUUUUUAAGGAUACUUUGCAAAUAAUAAUAUAAAUAUUAAUAUAAUACACAUAAUUUCAAUUUCAAUUGUAAAAUCCCUAAACGUACAUUUUGUACCAAAAACAUAUUUAAAGAUAAUCGUAGCCGUACUAACCUAGCAUAUUAUGACUCCUGCAUCAAUCGUAUUUGUCGCCAAUUUAAUACAGUUUCUCAAAAUAAUCAGCAACUCAAUUUAUUUAAUUCAACAUCAACCUGCUUUCGUCAUAAUGUCAUUGACUCCCUGCAUAAGGGAGCUAAUUUGUAGAAAUUACUAUUAUUUUUGUAACACUACUUUAAAUAAUCUGUAUGUCUCUAAAUCUUUUGUACAUGCUAGUAACCUUUACCACACAACAAAUGACGAAUUCCCAUUAAAAAAAAAUCCAUCCUCAAUUUCAACCCCCCCGUUUAUUUUUUCGCAUUUUUUCGCCUAUGUCCUUUUCUCAGCUCUAGUGUAACUAACAUUCACAUUUAUAAUAUACUACACAUUUACAAGUAGUUAUAUACAUUUUGUAUUUUGUCAUGCAAUGUGAAACAUGUUGCCCUGGGCGACACAGACUAUACGUAUGGGUCGAGAAGUCAAGUUUAUCUAGAGAUUUAUGAAUAACAUUGUGAAUUCGUACUUCGUUCACUUUUGUGAGUACAUCCAUACGCACAGAAUUACAAUCAGUUAUUGAACUUUGUCAAUAAUUUGCUAACUUAGUUUUUUUUUUAUUUAAAAUACACAUCUAUUUCAGUUUUACAGUGUUUCGUCAUCUUUGAUAAAAUCGUUACCAUGCUGCUAUGGCGGUCACUGACUAUCAGAUGAACCCAAAAGUACAUUUAAUUAAGAAUUCCAAACAGAAAAAAAAAAACAAAAUAUUAUUUUAUUACUAAAUUUUAUAGCAAUAACUUCUUUCGGCUGUGCGACGCCAUUUUGUUUCUGUAUAUUUUUAUGAAUACGUUCCAUAUUACAAUUAAAGGCAUGAUUUGAUAGUUUAGCAUUUAUCUUAAAAAAUAUAAUAUUUAAAUAGCUGUGUCGGCGACUUCGUUCACGUAAAUUAGGUUGCAUUAGUAUGAAUGCUUAUUUUAAUGUACCUCCGGGCACGGUUUGAUCAAAUACAGCCUCAAUGGUGGCUCCAGGCUAAGUUUCAUGAAUGUUUGUCCAGCAGUUUCAGAAAUUAGCGUGUUUUCUUAAGUUUGUAUUUUUGUGUACCGCGAGUCUAUAUCACCUUCAAUCAGUUUUUAGAAGAACUAUCCAAUGUUUAUAACCUAGACACAUGGUUGGAUUUGGUACGGCCAGAUCAUCGGACCAUCGAAUAUGAUCCGAUAACGGACCACGUCCGAUAGUUUCGAAUCAAAUCCUACGAUGUGUUUAGACUAUAACACGUUGAUUUUAAAGUUUUAUUAUAAUACUCUAUUUAAAGAUUGUAUUAAAAUGUAGAAAAAAUUUAUAACUAGGUUAAUUAUUGUGUAAGUGUAUAAUUGUGUUUGAUUUUUAUAUACAGUCUUGUCUAGUUAGAUUAUUGUUUUGAUUAAGAAUUUGAAUAUAGUAUUAAUUAAUAUUGUGAUAUCAAAAUCCUAAAACGUAGAUUAUAAAUGUAUAUCCGUAUAUCCGAAUUAUUAGUGUUAGAUAUUAGGUUUAAGAUUGAUUAAUUUAAAGAAUAUUUUCAAAGUCUUAAUAUCAGCAGAUAUAUUUUGACAGUUAUUAUAAUUAGUCUGUGAUAAAGAAGUAUGAAAUCUAGCGGUUAAUUAUUCAUAAGAUAAAAAAAUUUGUUGAUUAAAACAUGUUUAAUUAUUUCGGUAUGUAAAUAUUAUUAGAAAUUAGGCUUCUCUAAACAAGUUGUAACUAAAUGAUAAAUAAUGUAAUUUAAAUAACGUAAGUUCUGUUUAAUUUUUUUUUUAUUAUCAUUUUGUCUUUUUAUAGACAAGUUUUUCAUUUUUAUCUAUUUAAAAUAUAUCA